GUAUAUAUUCUCCACUUUUACCUCUGUUUUUCUCUCUUCAAUUAAUAAUAAUUCCUUUCAAUAACCAAAACCAGAAACUGUAAUAUUCCCAUAAUCUCAAAUUUCUUCAAAUGGGUGAGGAAAAAGAAACAAUCAAAGCAGAAGGAGUAGAGAAGAAGAAUGAAGCCGGAGAGAAAUCGGCCGACGAAGGCGGCGGCAUCGCCACUAUUAUGUUAAAGCUCGAUUUGCAUUGUGAAGGCUGUGCUAAAAAAGUCAGACGUUGCGUUCGCCACUUUGAAGGUGUGGAAGACGUGAAUGCGGAUUCCAGUACUGGAAAAUUGACGGUGAAAGGGAAUGUGGACCCCUUAUGGCUCCGGGAAAAGGUGGAAAUUAAAACCAAGAAGAAGGUGGCGCUCCUCUCUGCUCAGCCCAAAAAGGUUGUCGCCCGCAGUGGAAGCGGCGGAGGAGAUAAAAAAUCCGAUGACAAGGUUGAGAACAAGGCAGCAGAGGAGAAGAAAGGAGAAGAUAAAAAGCCCCAAAAGGCUCAUCAAUGUAACACAGAGGUAGUUCGGCUGCACUGCGACGGAUUUGCACAAAAAGUAAAGCGAUUUAUUAAAAAGGAACUAAAACCUUACUUGAAACGGAAUGUAGCUGUUGUUCCACCAAAGAAAGGUGAUGGAUCAGGUGGCCGCGGUGAUAACAAGAAGAAGAAAGAAGUUGCUGGUGGUGGUGGUGGUGGUAGCAGAAAAAAGAAAGAUGGCGAAUCUACGGUUGCAGCAAGUAAAAGUAGAGAACCAAAAGAGCAAAAGACAGAGGUGAUCAACAACAAAAUGGAGUACUACUAUGGUGGUUGCAGUAAUAAUUCAACUAUGUACUACGCAAUGCCGCCAAUGUACAAUCAAAAUUACUCCAAUCAAGAUUAUGGCUUGACAAUGCAGGAUCAUCAUGGUUAUUAUGGUCAUAGUACUGGCUAUGUGCCUACACCGCGCGAUCAUGAACAUGGCUAUGGUCAUCAUAGUACUGGCUAUGUGUCACCACGACACUUAACUGCAUCGGGCGAUCAUGAUCAUGGUUAUGGUUACACUGGCUAUGUGCAACCUCCGUACACUGCACCUCAAUAUUUCAGCGAUGAAAAUCCUAAUGCUUGCUCCGUCAUGUGACAAAAUCAUCAUCGAUCAUCCAAUAACAUUUUGAAGGAAAGACCAGUUUAGCUUAAAAUGUGAAUACAUCGAUCGAUCACCAUAUAUAUAGAGUUCAGUUCAUAGACAAAAAUCGUGUAUAGAGAUCCUAGUUUUUGUUUAGGAAAAUGGCAGGAUAGAGAGAGAUAGUUGUAGACGGCAGGCUUGUGGUUUAAUUGAUUUCAAUUUUUCAGUUUCAUCUUUAGUACUCCCUCAAUUCCAUAUUAAUUGAUUUUUUGUGGGAUUUUUUGUUGUUUAAAAUAAAUGAAUUGUUCAAAAUGGAUGUUUAAAAU